AAUUUCAAAUGUGGCAGCUCUGAAGCUUUGAAAACACACACAUUUUGUGCAUCUGGCAUCGUUGGUGUUGUGGCAGAAUUGUUUAUGCAUUUUGAGGUUAUUUUUCAUAAUUCUGCAAAAAUAAAAAAAAUUAUCUUCAAAUGGUUUCUUUUUGUUAAUAGUUUGGUAUUAAAUCCUCUACUUUUCACGAUGCACAAACUAAAAUCGUCACAGAGAGAAAAAGUAAAAAAAUUUAUAUCUUUCACUCAAACUGGUGAGAACACAGCCAUAUAUUGCCUUACUCAGAAUGAUUGGAAACUAGAUCUAGCUAGUGAUAAUUACUUCCAGAAUCCUGAUGCAUAUUACAAAGAGCCGAGGAGUGUAGACAAAAAGAAACUAGAAUCUUUAUAUAACAGAUACAAAGAUCCCACUGAACCAGAUAAAAUCACAGUAGAUGGUAUCAUGAAGUUCUUAGAUGAUCUUGGUCUCCCGCCCGAAUCAAAGCUCGUCCUCAUCAUAGCUUGGAAGUUCAAAGCAGCGACUCAGUGCGAGUUCACCAGGGAUGAGUUUAUAAACGGAAUGACAGAAUUAGGUUGUGAUAAUAUAGAUAAAUUGAAGGCGCGAUUGCCCAGUUUAGAAAAUGAAUUAAGGGAUAAUUAUAAGUUUAAGGACUUUUAUCAUUUUACCUUCAAUUAUGCCAAAAAUCCAGGACAGAAAGGAUUAGAUCUUGAUAUGGCGAUUGCUUACUGGAAUAUCGUACUUAAGGGAAAGUUCAAAUUUUUGAAUUUAUGGUGUACAUUUUUGCAAGAAAACCAUAAACGAUCUAUUCCUAAGGAUACUUGGAAUCUUCUAUUAGAUUUUGCUCAGCAGAUCGCUGACGAUAUGAGCAACUACGACGAAGAAGGAGCAUGGCCAGUGUUAAUUGACGAUUUCGUAGAAUGGGCAUCAACAAGAACUAAGGAAAAUCAACCACACAGUACAAGUCAACUGGAGUAAUAAAUACCAACAAUUUUAUUUCUUGUACAAAAAUUCAAAUGACGUUAAAUUUGUUAAUCGAUAAAAGGUAGCACUAAUCUUGGAAGAAAACAGUUGAAAGGGUUUGAGAUACUUUUUUUUUUCUUGUAUGACCUAGUGAUAGAAUGUACUUUGUCAAUAAAGUCGAAAAGAUUUUUAACUAAGUAAAGUAAAAUAAGUUUU